GAGAGGAGAGAGGGAGGGAGGGGACACGGGCGGGGAGAGGAGGAGACGCGGCAGCCGCGGAGCAGUGAGAUGGCGACGGAGGUGGCGGCUCCUCAGCGCCGGCGCCUCGUCCUCUGCCUCGAGCACUGACGCACCCGCCCGGCUCGACCCACAGCUGAGGGAAGCAGCUGUGCCCGGCAGCGACUUGGCGAGAGGUAGGAGAAAGGCAGAGGAGUUUCCAAGUACCGUUUUUGAUCUUAUAAAGCACACAGCUACAUUUGACAGCAAAUUGAAGCAUGGAGCACAGCAGUUCUUCCCACAAGAGCACCAGAAACAACUGGAUCUAGAGAUGGAGAGCAAGAGCAAUGGUCACAGGUAGUCAGUCCAUCAUGAUGAGACAGUAGAUGGUCCCUACUUUAGAUAAUGGAAGCUUAUCCAGAGGACUUACUCCCAGUAUCCCUUUCUUCUUAAUAUCUAAUACUGGAUAAAUACUCAGUCCAUCUUUUGGAAGAAGUUGAUCUUGACAAGCAAAGCAAGCUGAGACAACAGAGCUCUAGUGUGUAGAAAAUCCAAGACUUCACAGGUGAUUCUGUAAUGGACCAAUGAAAGCCAACGAUGACAAGUUGUGGCCAACAGUCCUUGAAUGUGCUAAUGGUUCUGCUUUCAUUGCUCUUGUCAGCAGUAUUGUCUGCACAUUUUCGGGUCUGCGAGCCAUAUACAGACUACAAAGGUCGCUACCACUUCGGUUUUCACUGCCCCCGUCUUUCUGACAAUAAAUCUUACAUCUUUUGCUGUCACCAUAACAACACAGUAUUUAAAUACUGCUGCAAUGAGACAGAAUUUCAGACUGUUAUGCAGAUGAACUUAACAGGGAAUGCAGAUGGAUAUAUGCAUAACAACUACAGUGCACUGUUAGGGGUGUGGAUCUAUGGCUUUUUUGUGGUGAUAUUGCUGGUACUGGACCUUUUAUAUUACUCUUCAAUGAACUAUGAUAUUUGCAAACUUUACCUGGCACGGUGGGGAAUCCAGGGAAAGUGGAUGACACAAGGACAGAGCCAAUGGAUUAACCCUGCUCAGGAUCCAAGCCAAGUACAGACACAGCCUCAAACGUCACAGACAGUACAUACUUUAAAAGGAGAUGCUUUAAGCCCACCUCUGGUAUCUUUUCAGAGUACAUCUGCCUGGUAGUAGACAGCUCGGCAACAUGGAACAGUAUGCUGGUAUACGCACAGAAAAAGAAAAAUACAUUGAUGUGCCUCAAGAUGGGAGAGGUAAGAUCAGACUCCACGGAGCAGCUUUCAAGAAAACCAGUUAAAUGACAAAGACUUUAAAAUGGUUGAUAAGCAACAGAGAGAGAGAAACUACAGCAUGGAGAUUGAUCAAGUCACCUGAAAAGAAACACCUUUCAGACAACUUCUAUAGACAAAUGAUAAGAAAGAGUUUCCAGAAGAAAGUAGUCAGUAAGCAAUAUUUUAAUUUUUGACUGAUAAUGUUAUCUUUCAAAGGAAUCAUCAUGUUUUAGAAAAUGCUCAGUAGGAAGAAAAUUAAGUUGCUCUGGCAAAUCCACACAAAGGUGGAAAAAGAUCAUAAGACAAACCUUUGGUAGAUAACUUUUCUUUGCCUCCCCAUCCAUCUAUUGCCAUUUGAGCCUAAUCUAAGUGUCAGAAUACUGAAUGUGAGUUUUUGCAAAGUUCUCUGGUGAAUAUUUUGUCACGAUGGGGUAGAUGCUGGCAACCCCUGUCACUGCUACCCGUGUUGUCAUGAACUACAAGAUGAGUAAAACCUUCACACCCAAUCAAACUGCAGGGUAGCAAUGGUUCAGCCUUAGUACACAUUUUAGUACACACUGGCAAUGAUUCUGAUAAGACAUAAAACAUCUGAGCACAGCUCAGCUUCAGUUUGACAUGCUUUCCUGAAGAGGGGAGCUUUCAUUAAGAAGCAAAAGAGAUACCCCAUUCCUCCCCCAUACCCCUUGAAGCUGAAAGAAAAAUAGAAGAAAAACAACAAACUGUGUAUUACAAAAGCAAUAAUACCAUUGUCCCUCUGCUUUACAAGGCAAUAAUCCAAUUCCCUCAUCCACUGACUGGCGUCAGAAUUUAUCCCUCACAAAUCUAAAGAUUUGUAAAUCUAAUCUAAUUUGGCUUACAAAUCUAAGAUUUGUAAGCCAAAAGGGCAAUGAUGCUACCAUGGAAGUAUGUGGAGUACUUAGUCACUAAGUUGUGAUAGCUUGACUUAACUUUCCACAGGACAGGUUCAUUUUAAAAUCAUACAGUAUCAAUUAUAUGAGCAGACCCUGUGAAAUUUAAUCAUUUAUUAAGAGAGAGAAAGGGAAAUGGAGAACCUGGCAAUGACAACUAAACAGAGUAGUUCAUCUAGAAGUUGUAGCAUAGUGCCAUGCUAAUGCCAAAUUAAUUCUUCAUGCCUCAUAUUUUGAGGCAUGGCACAAAUCAGUAAUUUUAUAAUAAUGUUAUAUUUUAUUGUACAACCAGUGUGAGGAACACCUUGCCAAUGAGUAUUAAAAAACACCUUGUUAGUGAACAAUCAAGUUGGGGUGGGUUUUUGUACCUCUUUGAUUUGAGUGCAUGUUAGCUUUCCAUUGAACUCAACAGGAAUAGACUACUGAGUGUGAUAUGAGCUAAUUUAAAGUUAUUGGAGUGUAUAAUGGUACAUGACCAAACCUAUCCAGGAAUAAAAAAUGUUGGGGGAGCCAAGACUGGAGGGCAUAGGAGUAUCCAGCCUCCAAAGAAAACCCAAUAAAUAAGUAAAAGCAGAGUAUCACUGUGUAAGGGCAGGUAACAGCUAAUCAGCAAGAAUUCAAAUGCUACAGAUAAGUGUGUCACCCUCCAGGCAUUAGGCUCCAACCUGUUCUAGGUAAGCAUACGCCUGGCCCACUCUUGCUCUUCACAGAAGCUCCUGUGCAUGCUCCUCUGAAAGCAACCCUGCUUGCAGUGCUGUCGUAGUACAAAUGGCUUGUUUGACAUUGAAAGAAAUGCAGCAUUUCAAAUAAAAAGCAGACAGUAUUUUUUAAACUUUGUUUCACUCUAAACAUAAGAGACUUUAGUUUUCUAACAUGAACAUUUAAUUAGAGCAUUGCAGAAGCAUUUAAAGCACUUUGAGUGGUCACAAAAAGGACCUCCAGCAAACAAGCACUGUAAGGAGCUUGCAGAUAGUGGCAGACAGUCCUGGCUGCUCUCUCUUCGGAGAUUAGCACUUCAGCAGUAAAAAGGUUGGAGCUCCUGGUGCUGGGAGACCUAUCCCAAUGAGGAUGUAAAGUGGUGCCAACUUGUAAGAAAAGCAAAGGAAACCAAGUAGCUGAGAACAGUGCCAUCAAUGCCUCUACAGGCAUCAUGUCUUCUCCCCACUCCCACUUUGACUCCACGAUCCGUACCCCUUGUUGACAGCCACCAAAAUACAUAUCUCCAGUAAUCAGUUGGAGCUUUACUCCUUUUACCUUCAGCACCUACUUUCAUUGUGAGGUGAUAACCACCACAGAGAGCUUUGUAAAAAGCUUAUGUUCAUGAAGGGAUUUGUAUUACAUACUGGUUUGUGUUACUUACUGUAUUUUGUAAGGGUUUUUUUUUCCCUUUGGGAACUGUGCGUUAUUAAUGAGCAGUUUUAUGCUUUACUUCUAGUACAUGUAUACUUUGUAAUCGAUGUGCUUUUUGUUUGUUUGUUUGUUUUCCUUUGAUUUUCUAAACAGAGCCAGCUAAUAUAAGGUGGAUACUCUCUGGCUGAAAUUCUGAUUUUGCCUACCAAUUAACUUAUGGAUAAAUCCACAUCGUAGCUGAUGACGUUCAUCAAUUGUGUUGUUAUAAUCAUCUGAUAUCCCACUUAAUUUGGCAGAAUAUAAGAUCUUGAAUAAGGCUAAUGCUUGCCAGGCCUCAAACUAAACGGAAACACUGCACCACAUGUACUUCCCUACCACCAUUGCUAUCCACCCUUCUCUCUUAUUGAUGAGACAUUGCAGAAGAGUGCUGGCUGAACAUCCCAACCACCCAUAUAGCAGUGCUCUGAUAUCCUUGUGCAUUCACCUGAUCAAAAGUAAUUAUUGUGAACCAGAUAACUGCAAUUAAUCACUAUACUAUUUCUGCAGAUAGAGCCUGGUUCAAAUGCAAUCUCUCUCUAAAAUAAAAGACUUGGACUAAAACAGAUAUAUUUCUCUAUGUCCGUCCUGAUAUAGUUGGAAAAAUAAGGGAUAUAAAAUUAAUAUUAAUGAAAGCACAUAAUUUCAUUGUUCAUCCCAUUCACCAAUAGCAACUAUUUCAGUGGCUAUUAAUGACAUUUGUGCUCCAGAAGCCUCCUUCCCUUUCCAACUAAUUUUCUCGUCCAUAUUUUACUAAGAACUGAGUGUCCAACUUCUUAAUAAUUGCUGUGUAUAACAUAGAACAUAAGUUCUAAAAGUUAUAAGUUCAUAAGUUAUAAAGCUUGUGCAGGACUUGGUGUUGUAAUUAACCAUCUGUUGUGCCUGGUUAUCGAUCUUACAAGAACACAAAGAGAAAACAACCUGGCCUCUAAAUGUAUACAUCAGCGUAUUGUAGCAGCUAUUUUAGAUAACUGUUUUUAAUAGUUUUAUUAUGGCUGUAAUUUCUAUAUGAGGACUGUCCACUUGCAGAAGCGUUGAAGUAAUACAUCAAAGCGAUUUUUAAACUCAGUUCUAUUUAACUACCAGUGAUGGUGUAUGAAAAUUAGGGCAACAAAAAAAAACAACUCUAACAACUUGCCGGGAAGAAACAUCUUUUCUCACCCUUGAAAAUCCUCUUGUAAAAGAGGGAUUUCUUCUAGUCCUUUUUUACAUAAAUAGUAAAUAACUAAGAAGCUAGGAUAUGCAGUACGAUAGUCUAUUUUAAUAGUCUGCAAUCAAAUUUUAGGCUAAUUAAGCUAACUAGAAAUUCUAGGGUUACAGUGAUUACUCACUCUUUAUUGAUGCAUUGACAAUAAUACUGUUUACAUAAUACUCAAUGUUUUAAAUUAAUACGUGCCAGUGUCCAGUGAUUUGCUAAUCUAGUUUUUGAUCUAAUCCUGUCCUAUUUUUUGCAGCAUACUCUAACUUCAUAUUAUGAAUCAUGUUGUCUUUCUAAAGUGAUUGCCAAGUAAACCAAAAAUGUGUUUUACACUGCUAUUGCACUGCUCUUGUCUUUAUAUACAGUAGUUUUUAUAAAGAUGUCCUUAGGUUUUAAUAAAUGAGUGUAACAUAAACUAAUCUCUGUAAUAAAACUUCCUUUAAUGUUUCAAGA